ACAACUGAAUCAGUUUCUUACAAAUCUCCAUUCCGGAAGUCGAAAUCUAAAUGAAAGUUGUGAAAGACGUUACUUACAACGAUUACAAGAGGUACUGAGAGAACAGCCAUAUGAUGGAAAACCAUCCUGGUGUGAACAAAACAAAUGGGCAAGCGCAAGGCAAAAUAUGUCAGUUUAAACUAAUACUUCUAGGACAAAGUGGUGUAGGCAAAUCUAGCUCUGUUCUACGAUAUAUAAAUGGACUAUUCCAUGAAUACUCGGAAGCAACAUUCAGACCUAGAUUUGUAACGCACACCGUCUGUUUAGAUGACACAACAGUAAAGUUCGUAAUUUGGGACACAUCUGGACAAAGUAGAUUCUCCUGUUGGGGAGGAAUACAAUCCAGAGGCGCACAUGCCGCUAUUGUUGUUUAUGACAUCACUGAUUACGACACAUUUUCGAAGGUCAGGGAAUGGGUAAAUAUGUUAGAGAGCCGAACUAGUCCAAACAUUGUUAUUGCUUUAGCAGGAAACAAGUCAGAUCUGGCCAACAAAAGAAUGGUAGAAUUUGAUAAAGCACAAGCGUAUGCUGAAGAAAACGGUUUCUUAUUUAUGGAAACAUCAGCUAAGACAGCCAUGAAUGUAAAUGAAAUAUUUUUGGCAAUAGCAAAGAAAUUACUUGAAAACGGGUCAGGUGGAGCAGGUCAACAACCAUUUGAUGGAUAUAUAGACUUAACUGAAACACGUGAUAGGUCAGAAGAACGCGGAGGGUGUUGCAACAUGUGCAAGCAACAAUAAAGAUGAUUGGUUGUUUUUAGAAAAUAUGAUUCGUACAUGUUAAAGUUCACUCAUUUUAAUGUUUAGAGAAUAUAUCUUAAUGUGGAUACCAAAAUGGAGUGGGUAAGGCUCGAAAUUUUAGGAAUUAUUGAAUCAUUUGUGGCAGUUAGGAUUAUUAGGUCGUUAUUAUUUCCCUUGUUUAAAACUAUAAAUUUCAUAUUUCUAUAUUUACGAAUUUACAUGAAGUUUUUUCAGUACAUAUUUGUUAAAUUACAUAGCUUUUGCUUUUUGAAUUCAUUUGUUAAAGAUGUUUGUUAAUAUUGUAAAGUUUAAUAUUGCACCGUCGCAAAACCUUUGAUUACCUCAGUCUGUGAGAAACUUAUAUAUUUUAUAGAACUUGUUUUAGAUUAUUAUCUAGAAUUUUCUGAGGACUGACAUUCAGUCCAACCAAGGAAAGCCAGGCUUUCCAACCUUCGAUAAGAAUAGUGCAUUUGCUACAUGCCUCCUUAGUACGGUUAACUUGAAGUCAUUAAAUGACUGCUCCAUUUCUAUUUAGUUUUGGCUUUACAUGUUAACAGUUGUACUUUGCUGAUUGAAUUAUAUAUUGUUUUC